GGGGGACAGAGCUAGAGCAUGUGCCCAGAGGCUGCGUCUCAAUGGGAGGACAGAGACGGAGAGAGCAAGAGAGAGGAGAAAGAAAGAGAGAGAGAGAGACGGGAUUCUACAGCAGUUAAUUAAGGAUCGCUCCGCAUCAAGCAAAGAGGCAAAUCUAUUCUGUGUCAGUGCCAGGGUCUCCUCAAGGGAAGACAGUGGUAUUUCAAAGGUGGAAAUGGCAAGGCUCUAAAUUUGUUAUUUUUGACUGGCUGAGUUGUCAUCUUUCAGUCACAGUCACCGUUCAGUGCUGCUGGUUGUCCUCAAAGUGAAAAAGGGCAAGAAGAGACGAGUCAGAGGAGUUUGGGAGUCACCAAACCUAAAUCAAAAAGACAGAGUUAUUGGGGGGAUUCCACAUUAGCUUCUCGAUGGAUGGAUUUAGGAAAGUGUGAUAAAAUCAUUAUUUACUCCAUCAGGAUUAUUCCGAUGUGUCCUGUCAUGUCCUGGCUGUUGUGCCUUGUCCUCUGGGUAAGUGGGACAGCCAUCCAGCUGUGCCAGGCCACCUUCUAUGAGACCAUACAGCUACAGCAACACCAUGUCACGCGGCCCGGCAGGACCUCCAUUCACAUGAUUGAGGGAGGAACAUGUGAGGUGAUUGCUGCUCACAGAUGCUGUAAUAAGAACAAGAUUGAAGAACGAUCCCAGACAGUCAAGUGUUCCUGUCUACCAGGGAAGGUAGCAGGGACCACCAGGAACAGGCCAUCCUGUGUGGACGCAUCCAUAGUAAUUGGGAAGUGGUGGUGUGAGAUGGAACCCUGCCUGGAGGGAGAAGAGUGCAAGACGCUGCCUGACAACUCGGGCUGGAUGUGUUACACUGGGAACAAGAUCAAAACCACCCGGAACACCCAACAACCGGCAAGCGAAGGGUACCUUUAACUUUAGCUGGACCAACUGCACAGAUCAAUCCAUGGAUCUAACAAAGAAGUCCUGCUUACAUUAUAAUUUUAGUGUGAAAACUUUCCUGUAUAGAAAGGUGUGAAUUCUCAGAAAGAAAAUUCUGCAAAAGGUAUUGCAGAAUGAUGCAGCUCAAGGAUACCAGUGGAAAAACUAGUGAUUACACUCUUUUGUUCCUGGAGGAAAUUGGAUGUACUGCAUCUGAACUGCGCCUGAUAAUUCGUCUGUGAAUCUACUGCCUCCACUGUCCCAGAUUUUCUUUCUCUGGCAUCAGCGAAAUUCAGACAGACUCUUCGAGAGAGAGAGAGAGAGAGAGAGAGAGAGAGAGAGAGAGAGAGAGAGAGAGAGAGAGAGAGAGAGAGAGAGAGAGAGAGAGAAAGAUAGAGACAUUUCUGGGUUACUUUGAGAAAGUUCUUCUAGUGGGGCCUCAGGAUUCUGUAUAUACUAUUCCAUGUUCCAGUCUCUUCACAUUAACAAGAACAUUGUCUACAGUAUGAUGAGGGUGAGAUGUAAAUGAUUCCAAAUGCUGAUCUGUUCUUUUCUGUUUUUGUCCAUGUGUUUUUAAAUUCUAGACAGUCAAAAGGUCUAGUAUUUCUAAAACAUACCUAUUGGUUAACAGUCAUGUGAGGAUGCUAUUGUACAUUGACAUUUAAAAGGAAUAAUUUUACCAAUACAACAAGUUUUUGUCAUCAAAACCAUAAUUGUAAUUGAACGCCUUCAGUAACAUUUGUUUCUUUGUCAUGCAACUUAGAAAAAAAACAAUCAUUUAAGUUACCCUUCAAACGCUUGACUGCUCAUCAAAAAUCAUAGGAUGUUUGUUUAGUUUUUACUCCUUUAGAUGCCUCAUGUGUGUCAUCUUCCACAGCCUAUUAAAGUAUUUGCCCUGUGCUUCAAUAGUGAAUAUGGUGUGUUAUGUCAUUAAAUAUCUAUUUUGCA